AGAGAGAGAGAGAGAGAGAGAGAGAGAGAGAGAGAGAGAGAGAGAGAGAGAGAGAGAGAGUAACCAGAAUGAAGGAAAACAAGCUGGUCAUACUAGGAGGAGGAGGCGUGGGCAAAACCUCCUUAGUCCUACAAUUUCUACAAGGGUUCUUCUCCACAACGUACAGACCGACAGUGGAAGAUUGCUACAGCCACACACUACAGAUGCCAAGCGGGCUCUUCCAGGCACUCGAGAUCCUGGACACCUCUGGAACACAUUGCUUUCCCGCCAUGAGAGAGCUUUCCAUAAGAUCAGGGAGAGCGUUUCUACUGGUCUUCGCAGUCAACAGUCAGCAAAGUUUCUAUGAGGCUCAAGCACUGUGGUCACUCAUACGCUCUGUUAAAGACAUGGACAACAUUCCCGGAGUGCUGGUGGGGAACAAGGUGGACGUGGCAGGGGAGCGCGAGGUGCCCUGGGAAGAGGCGCACAAUUUCGCAGCAGAGCACAUGCCUUACGGGGCGUACUUGGAGACUUCAGCCAAAUUUAACCUCAAUGUUGAUGUGGUUUUUAAAGAGCUGUUGAUACUUGCCUUUGGUUUGGGCAAGGACGAGAAGAAGGAAAGAAGACCAUCACGCAUCAAGCUCUCCUUAAGUGACCUCUCCCUUACCUUUCGUCGCAAGUCAUCCAGCGCCAUCUCAACGGGCUCCGGCACCACUCUAGGCACUGUUUCCUGUCUCUCCACUGACGACGACUCACCGACCCUCCCCGCAGCCUCUCUCCUCCACCACCACCACCACCAGCGAGGCAGUUUGGUGCUACAAGAAGAGGAGAAUAGAAAUAACACGAGGGUUUACCAGAACUUAGUGAUUAGUAGAGAGAAGUGUGCUAUUUUGUAAUGUUGUGUGUGUUGUGUGUGUGUGUGUGUGUGUGUGUGUGUGUGUGUGUGUGUGUGUGUGUGUGUGUGUGUGUGUGUGUGUGUGUGUGUGUGUGCGUGAACUCUAUGUGAUAUUAACAGAAAUAAAACAUGAUAUUCACUUAAUAGGAAAUUGUUACUGUGAUUCCACGGCGCGUUUUUGUAAGUUCCUGUUAUGCUUUUAAUCAUAAUAAUAAUAAUAAUAAUAAUAAUAAUAAUAAUAAUAAUACUAUGUACUACACUAAUCCAUCCAUUAUUGUUUACGCGUGUGUGUGUGUGUGUGUGUGUGUGUGUGUGUGUGUGUGUGUGUGUGUGUGUGUGUGUGUGUGUGUGUUUAAGACAAUACACACUGUCUAUCUAUCGGUUUGUUUAUAAGUAUCUCCUCUCUCUCUCUCUCUCUCUCUCUCUCUCUCUCUCUCUCUCUCUCUCUCUCACACACACACACACA